UUCCCAAGGUACUCAGCGGUGCUAGCAAAAUACCCGUAUGCAGUGUUCUUUGUGACAUCCCUAUUGAUUGUGAUUUGUGGCCUUUGCUCUUUUGUCCCCCAGUUUAGUGCCCCUGAUAUUCCAGAGUUUUCAACUCCAGUCAAGGUAAAGUCAUUCAUAUUGCUCUAAUUUUUUUUUUCCAUUUUUUCUCACACAAGAAAGUCUCGCCUCUCUACUGAAAAGAGUUCAGUAACUGAAAAUGUCUUUCUUUCACGCAGGGAUUCGAGCCUCGUGGAACACUUAUCAACAAAAGACAUCGAGCAGGAGUUGUUCUUGGCAAAGCGGCGAGUAGUGGCUUAGUCAGAAUUAGUCCAAUACCAAAUGUGACCAUGAGCACUUUAAUCAACAUGUCCUCCCUUUAUGGACACCUGACCACACCUAACAUAAGACAGAGGAAAGAACAAGGGAGAGAAGGAAGCCAGCGUCACUUCAAGAAUAGAUAUCGCCUUUCAAUGUGUGACAGUCCGAAUGUUUUUAUGAAAAGCACCAUCAAUUACAAAAUGGUAUUUGCCUCAACAACCUCAGGUGGGAAUGUGUUCAAUUCUGCCAGUUUACGGGCUGUGUGUCAAAUGGAAGAAAUAGUCGUGAGAAAGACAAUGGGUUUUUAUUCAAACUGCUUUAAAAGGGAGCUCCGUUACAAAACUUUCACAUUCAGAGACUGUUGUCCCAGUUGGUCUGUUGGUAAUUAUAUUGCAGCUCUCUCAGGAAGAUCAUCUUGUCAAGAUAUAUCUUCAAACGAUGUAGAACAAGUUCUAUCAAUUUUACGACAUUGUGCACCACUUUUCAACAACGCGACGAUCAAAGAAAACUGUUGGAACUUUAAAUAUAAUAUUGCUUAUCCAGUGUGUCUGGGACUUCCAUUAGAGUGUGUGAGAUAUAACGCGGUCCACAAUAUUCUAUACUACCUGACAGACAAAGAUUUCUUCGCGGCCGAAGGAGAAAAUUUGAUUUAUACAUCAGUUCUGAGCCCUGCGACAAGCAAUAAAGAGUUCAGAAAGAAGUUAUACGAGAAACAUAUCAAAAACGGACAUUUGUCUGAUGGAAACGUAAAGUUAGUAGCAACGGAAUUUUAUUUUUUGAAAUUCGACAUGUUCAACAUCAAGCUAUUGGCGGACAUUAUUUAUCCAUCCAUAGCAAUGUUAAUUAUUCUACUCAUCAUGUGGUUUUACACGGAGUCUGUUUUACUCACCGUCCUUUUAGUGCUUUCUGUGGUCAGUGCUCUGAUCAUUGCUUAUUUCCUCUACACGAUCGUGUUAGGUUUGAAUUUUUUUCCAUUUCUAAACAUCACAACUCUUAUAUUUCUGGUGGGGAUAGGAGCUGAUGACGCGUUUGUCUUCACCGAUGUCUGGCGCCAGGCAAAACAGAAUAAUCCCGGUGCACCUUUGACGCGAAUCACCGCUGACACCUUAAGGCACGCCUCUUUAUCAAUGUUUGUGACGAGUCUUACUACAGCAGCUGCUUUUAUUGCCAAUUUUAGUUCUCAAAUUACCACUAUCAAAUGUUUUGGUAUUUACGCUGGUAUUGCCAUCCUCUGCAAGUUUAGUAUGAUGGUCACGUGGUUUCCUGCUGUUUGCGUCAUCAAUGAAAGUGUGCAGAUUCCAUGGCCAUGCGCAGAGAAGUCUUCGAUCCAUAAAAUAGAACUUUUGUAUCAGAAUUACGUGGCUAAAUCCGUGCGCUUUGUGUUUAGUGAUUUUCUUCCGAGAGUGGUCAUAAAAUUCCGCAUUUUCUGGAUUUUGCUGUUUUCGGUUCUUACUUUGGGUGGCUUGGAGGUUCUUCUUUUCAAGCCUGGAUUCCAUCUGCCCACAUCAUCUGAUUUUCAGAUGUUUGAAUCAUCACAUCCCCUUGAGGCUUACGAACUCCAUUUCAAAGACAGAUUCCGUUUCGAGACAAGUUCUUCGCAAGGUAGUGCCACUUUUCCCAUCGAUUUUUUCUGGGGAAUUAAACCAGUCGACAACGGUGACUACCUGGAUCCCAACGACUAUGGCACAAUUGAGUGGGAUGAAUCUUUCGACAUAACAAGUCGUGAAUCUCAAGCGUGGCUGAUGAAUUUCUGUAGAAAGCUGCGCAAGCAAGACUUCUAUGGAAAGAAAGAAGGUGUAACAAGCUACUGUUUCCUAGAAACGUUCUACAAUCAAAGCUGUACAGAUCCGCUGACACCAGGAAUCUCCUACUACCCUUGUUGCAAAGGUUCUCCUUUUCCAUUCAAUAAAACCAUCCUGAACUUAUGCGCCACAAUAGCAGAUGUCCGCGCUCAGAUAUUUAAGUAUAAGAGACAGGAUUCCACAAUUGGAAACCUCAUCUACGACGAACGCGGCAGUCUUAGAGGCAUUCACCUGCGCGUUAUGAGUAAUGUGAGAAUUUCCCGCGCAUAUGAGCCAGUGCACCAAUUUUGGGAACGCACAGAGUCUUGGGUGAUGAAGGAAAUACGAAAUGCACCAAAAGGCAUGCGUGGGGGCUGGUGGAUAAGCGGCAUGGAGUUUUACGACCUACAGAGGAGCCUUUCUACCGGGACUUUAGUCUCUAUGGCAAUUGCCAUCGCCAUGGCGUUUGGUGUGAUGUUACUGACCACGCUGAAUAUUCUAGUAAGCUUAUACGCCAUCCUCACAAUAAUUGGCAUAAUCUCUGUCACUAUCGGCUCCUUGGUCCUUAGCGGGUGGAAACUCAACAUCCUGGAGUCCAUAACUAUGUCUGUUGCUGUUGGUGUAUCCAUUGAUUUUGCGAUGCAUUUUGGGGUAGCUUAUUGCCUUGCACCUAAUAAGGAAUGUAGAAAGGCACGUGUGCGUUUUUCGCUGUCCCGGAUGGGAUCUGCAAUCACCAUGGCUGCUGUUACAACUUUUAUUGCAGGUCAGUUCAAAUAAGGGCGCUGAUAGAGAAAAAAAAACACCCAGUAAAGAGAAAAAUACAGUCGACGAUAUUCGUGAAUUUUAUUGAUCAGACGACACAAUCAAGACAUUAAAAUUUCAAAGAACCAAAAAGAUCUAUCUUUCUAAACCGACGGAUCCAAAUUGAGCGAUAAUAACUGACUUACUGUAUACUACUUGACUGUUACAGCCGAUAACGAACCCAUUUUCACACAAUUGAUCUUAACUUUUCACUUAAAAAAAGUCCUUACUUGGCACUAUUGAUAACUUCACAACAACAACAGUCGACAACAACCUUUUUCAAGGAUACUCUCACGCGAACGACCAAACAACAAGAAAGAAUAUCACUCCUAUAUUCAAACUGUGUAUACCUUCUACUACGAAUUACUACUAACACUCGAAUUUUUUCUGAUUACGAUCAACAACAAGAUAGAUUGCCACUCUUGGGUUCAAACCGUCUAUACAUUCUACCACGAAUCAUUGCUAACACUCGACCUAUCACUGAUUACUAUCUUAUACGUUUAGGUGCAAUGAUGCUGCCAUCCAGGGUCCUAUCUUACCUACAGAUGGGACAUUUCCUAAUGUUAGUGAUGACCCUGGGAUGGGCUUUUUCGACGUUCUUCUUCCAAGCACUUUGCUGCACGAUUGGACCACAGGGGGAUUGGGGACAGUUUAGUUGGAGUGACAUUUUUUCCUGGCGCAGUAUGAAGACUUCAGAAGAGACCCCAACGAGAGAAGAAACAGUGUUGUUAAGGGAACACUGUGAAGCUGACGAAAAUGACAAGAAAAAUGGCACAGUAGAAAGUAAAAUUGUGGUCAAUAAUACGCAAAUUAAGACUAUAGAAGCGACCUCAGUUUAA